AUGGCUAAUGAUACCAAAUCAAAUUGUAUUGAAUCAUUAAUACCAACAAAUGUUGGAAUACAAGCCUUAGAAUUUUAUUUUCCUAAAAAUUAUGUUGAUCAAUCUAAAUUAGAAAUUUUUGACAAUGUAUCAACAGGAAAAUAUACUAUUGGUCUUGGUCAACAUCAAAUGAGUUUUUUUUGUGAUCAUGAAGAUAUUAAUUCAAUUUGUUUGACGGUUCUUGGUAAUUUAUUAAAUAAAAAUCAGAUUGAUAAAAUGGAUAUUGGAUAUCUUGCUGUUGGGACGGAAACAAUUAUUGAUAAAAGAAAUAAUGAUAUUGAGGGUGUUGAUAUUAAGAAUGCUUGUUUUGGUGGUACACAAGCAUUAUUUAGUGCUGUUGAUUGGGUUUAUUCAAAUUGGGAAACUGAAAAACGAUAUGCAAUUGCUGUUAUGGGUGAUGUUGCUAUUUAUGAACCGGGACGGGCUAGAUGUACAGGGGGUGCUGGUGCAUUUGCUGUUUUAAUUGGACCAAAUGCUCCAUUUGUUAUUGAAAAAGGUGUUAGAUCAUGUUAUAUGAAUGAUUUAUAUGAUUUUUAUAAACCAAUAGGUGGAAUGUCAUCUGAUUUUCCUAUAGUUAAUUCAGAGUUAAGUUUAGAUAGUUACAUAAAAGCAGCUGAAGAAUGUUAUAAAGGUUAUUGUAAAAAGUAUAAAAAAAUAUAUGGAAAAAAUAUAUGUUUAAAUGAUUUUGAAUCAAUUAUGUUUCAUUGUCCUUUUACACGUAUGAUUCAAAAGACACUUGCUAAAUUGACAUACAUUGAUUUUAUUAAUAAUAAAGGAAAAUAUUUAAUUGAUAUUGAUAAAUUAGAAGAAUUUAAAAAAUUUUCUAGUGAAGAAUUUAACAAAAAUCGUUCUUCUCUCAAUACUUUCUUACACUCAAGUUCUUUAUUAUGGGAAAAAAAAACAAAAGAAAAUAUUUUUUUUAAUGCUAGAAUAGGAAAUAUGUAUACAUCAUCACUUUAUGCUCAACUUGUUGCAAGAAUAGGUAGAAUGAAUGAAAAUAUUAUAAAUGAAAGUGUUUCAUCAUUUCUAUUAUUUUCAUAUGGUAGUGGUUGUGCUAGUUCAAUGUUUUCAAUUAAAUUAAAUAUUUUACCAUCAAAUAAAUGUGCAUUUAUUAAAAUAAGAAAUUCAUGUAUUGAUGCAAUUGAAAGAUUAGAAAAAAGAACAGAAGUUACUCCAGAAUAUUAUACUAAAAAAUUAUUAGAACGGGAAGAGAUACUUAAAGGAAAUAUUCCAUAUACACCAUUCUCAUUAAAUAAUUUAGAAAAAAUGAAUUUAUUUCCAGGAACUUAUUAUUUAAAAUAUGUUGAUUCUAAAUAUGUAAGAGAAUAUGAUAGAACAACUAUGACAAAUAAGAUUGCCAUCCAAAACAAUGGUUUGGAAAUGGGCAAUUCAAAUUUACAAAAAAAUAGUCAAAUUGAUAAUGUAAUAAUUAAUAAUUCUACUAAUUAUGAUAAUAAUAAAUCAAGUAAAAAUAAAUUAUAUAGUGGAUGGAGAGGAUAUAUUGUUAUUAGUGUUCUAUUUAUUAUUAAUAUGCUUAAUUAUAUGGAUAGGUAUACAGUUGCUGGUGUAUUAACACAAAUACAGGCAUUUUAUUCACUUAAUGAUAGUGAAGGUGGAUUAUUACAAACAAUUUUUAUUGUUUUUUAUAUGGUUUUUGCUCCAUUAGCUGGAUACUUAGGUGAUAGAUAUAAUAGAAAAUAUAUUAUGACUGUAGGAUUAACAAUAUGGAUUGUUGCAGUUUUUGCUUCAUCAUUUAUUCCAAAAAAUACAUUUAUAGCAUUUUUAUUAUUAAGAGGAGUUGUUGGAAUUGGUGAAGCAUCAUAUGCUAUUAUAGCACCAACAUUAAUUGCUGAUAUAUUUACAGAAGAAAUGAGAUCUAAAUCUUUAAUGAUUUUUUAUUUUGCAACACCAGUUGGUUCAGGUUUAGGUUAUAUAGUUGGAUCAGCUGUUGCAAAUGUUGCAAAUAAUUGGCAAUGGGGUGUUCGUGUCACCCCAUUUUUUGGAAUUAUCUGUGUUUUAUUGAUAAUUUUUGUUAUCAAAGAACCUGAAAGAGGUUUAGCAGAGAAAAGUGAAAAAAAUUGUGACUCAUUUGAUGGUAAAAAUACAUCAUAUUGGGAAGAUUUAAAAUAUCUUGCAAAAAGUAAGACAUACAUUUUUACAACAAUUGGUAGUGCAACAAUAACAUUUGUCACUGGUACAUUAUCAUUUUGGGCACCAACAGGAAUAGAAUAUUUUUAUGCAACAAAAUAUAAUUAUUCAAGUUUAAGUGAAAUUCCAAAAGAUACAAAAGAUAAUAUUUCAUUUUUAUUUGGAUUAAUAACAUGUAUUGGUGGAAUUGUUGGUGUAACAUUAGGUUCAUUAAUAUCAAUGUGGUGGAAAAAUGGAUAUUAUUGUUUUCCAAAAUCUGAUAAAGCUGAUGCAUUAGUAUGUACAGUAGCAUCAAUUCUUGCUGUACCAUUUUUAUUUUUAAUAUUUGAAUUAUUAUCAACAGAAUUAGCUAUAACAUGGAUUAUGGUUUUUUUUACAGUUCUUUUAGUAUGUGUUAAUACAGCUAUUAUAGUAGAUAUGACAUUAUGUAUAAUUGUACCAAAAAGGCGUUCUGUAGCAAAUGCUUUUCAAAUAAUGAUUUCUCAUUUAUUUGGUGAUGCUUCAGGACCAUAUAUUGUUGGAUUAGUUUCAGAUUUAAUUCGUGGUUCUGAUAAAACUCCUAAUGGUCAUUUUCGUUCUUUAAAGUAUGCAUUUUAUGUUCCUAAUGUUAUUUUAAUAAUUAGUGUUUUAUCAUUCUUUUUAUCUUCUAUUUAUGUUACUAAAGAUAAGAAAAAAUAUGAAGAAGAAAUUGGUAUUAUAAAAGAUUCAAAGAUUUAA